ACACCAGAAAAUUCAAUCUAUACUGAAAAUGGAGAAGAAGAACAAAGAGAGAUGUGUUGUUUCUUACCAUCUUCUAGUAUUUCUUCUUGUUCUUGCUCUUAAAGAUCCAACGGUCAGCAGCAGCAGCAGCUUCUCCUGGGCCCCACAGGAGGAUGACAAGGUGGACACCCUCCCAGGCCAGGAAUCCUUCAAUGUCAGCUUUGCUCAUUACUCUGGCUAUGUGACUGUGGACCCCUUCUCAGGAAGGGCCCUCUUCUAUUGGUUUUUUGAAGCCGUUGAGGACCCUUCAUCCAAGCCGCUUGUUCUCUGGCUCCAAGGAGGACCUGGGUGUUCUUCCAUUGGAUAUGGCAUGGCAGAGGAAAUCGGUCCAUUUCAUAUAAAGCCAGAUGGGAAGACCCUUUAUUUGAACCCUUAUGCUUGGAAUCAAGUGGCCAAUGUUCUCUUCAUCGACUCGCCUGUCGGCACUGGUUUUUCAUAUUCGAACAUUUCCUUUGAUAUAGUUAAUAAUGGAGAUGGAAGGGCUGCCAAGGAUUCCUUGGCAUUUCUUGAAGAGUGGCUGAAGAGAUUUCCGGAAUAUGAAGGAAGGGAUUUCUAUAUCACAGGAGAGAGUUAUGCAGGACACUACAUUCCUCAGCUGGCCCAAGCCAUUUUGUGGUCCCAGAAAUGGAAGCUGACAAAAUCCAUCAACCUAAAGGGAAUAAUGGCAGGAAAUCCUCUAAGUGAUGAUUUCUUUGAUCAUUUGGGGGCCUACCAAUUCAUAUGGACAACUGGUUUGAUAUCUGAUCAAACCUAUAAGCUACUGAAUUUCUUCUGUCAUCGAGAUUCGUUUCUAAAACCGUCGCCUGCGUGCAAAAGGAUGCAGGAUAUUGCUAGCCAAGAACUUGGCGACAUCGAUAUCUAUAGCAUAUACACUCCUGCCUGUACUGCCAAUGAGACAACGUCGAACGGGCUAUUGAAAAGAUCACACCAAUUGGUGGGAUGGCUCGGCAAACACUAUGAUCCUUGCACAUUGAAUCAUUCCACUGUCUACUUCAACACACCAGAGGUUCAAACGGCUCUUCAUGUCAUUCCGAAGUUUGCGCCGACCAAGUGGCUCCCAUGCAACCAUUUGGUGAGUGGUAAUUGGAAGGACACUGCUACAUCUGUUCUGGAUAUUUAUCACGAGCUUAUGUUUUCAGGGCUUCGCAUUUGGGUGUUCAGUGGAGAUACAGAUACUGUAAUCCCAGUCACAUCAACCCGCUACUGGGUAGACGCUCUCAACCUUCCAACAGUGAUCCCUUGGCAUGCUUGGUAUGAUAAUGGUCAGGUCGGAGGUUGGACUCAAGUGUACAAGGGUCUGACCUAUGUAACAGUAAGGGGAGCCGGUCAUGAGGUUCCAAAGCACAAACCCAGAGCCGCACUUACACUCUUCAGUGCCUUCCUUUCUGGGACCUUCUUGCCAACCUCAACACAGACAUCCGAUUCCUGAAUUAUUAGUCUUAUACCAUACUAAGAGAGAGAUGAUUGGCACCCAAUUCAUGUUUCAAUAGAUUGGGUGGGCCACUAAUAAAUUUGAACCAUUGGUUCACCUUAUAGUUGAUGAUUUGGAAUUUAUUAAUCUUUCAGUGUAACCAUGGUUAUAAUCCAAAAAUGAUCUAAUGGUCUAAGUA